CAGCGCCUGCAGAAUGAUAAACCGACACUCAUCUUCGAAAUGCGGAUUAUCAUUUUACAGGCGCAGGCCCUCCGCAGUUAAAUCUGAAACAAUAUAUAUACAAGAGCGACGCAGGUUGGCAAAGCCAGGUUAAUCAGCUGUUUCCAGAUGACAGCUGAUUCAGUGCGUUGCGACGACGCGGCGCAUGAUGGUGUGAUAUCGCGGAGCACCCCGUUUAUGUACAUUUGUCGCGAUAGGAGAGAGAGAUAACCGCUGAGAAAUGGCCACGAGAAACCUGACGGAGCCGUUCGUGUUAAUGCGAAAUAAUGCUCUACAAAGCAGGCAUAUUUAUGCGGAACAGAAUCUUACCGACCGCGUGGCACUGGUGGAAUCGGACUCUGGCGGUUCCGACAAUGUCGAGCUGAAGGGUGUGAAUGCGGAUAGCGGUGCACCACCCGCCUGGGCGGACGCCCUGGAGGAGACACAGUAUAUCCUGAGCAGAUUACGAGUGAAAAUAGACAGCCUGGUCGAACUGCAUUCCAAGCAGCUGACCAGGCCUACCCUGGACGACACGUCUCAGGAAGAGAGGCAAAUGGAGCAGCUGACGAGGGAGAUCGGACGCGCGUUCUCCAAUGGUUACAGACAAGUACAAACGAUCAAAUCAGCCGGCAGACACGAAAGCAAGCCCGCGGAACGUCGGCUGGCCGCCAGUGCGGUGAUGGCUCUGUCGACUGCCCUGCAGGAGCUGGGCUUGCGAUACAGAUCGGCACAAAAUCAUUACCUCACACAGGUGAAGUCGAGGGAAGAGAGGAACAACCAGUUUUUCACAGAAGAUCAGUCCCUCUUGGCUAACGUAGCGAUGGACUCCUGGUUGACAGAUUCGAAUGAGGCGAGCGCAAAUUCCUGGUCGAAAAGUGAGCAAAGACAAGACUCGGUUUUGUUGCAAUUGGAAGAGCCCGAGGAGAGGAUGAAACUGGCGUUGGAGAGGGAGGAGCAAAUAGGAAGUAUAGUUCAAAGCAUAGCAGACUUAAAACAUAUUUUCAAGGAUCUCGCAGUAAUGGUGCAGGACCAGGGUACUAUCUUAGAUCGAAUCGAUUAUAACAUUGAGCAGACUCAGGUGCAAGUACAGGAGGGCUACAAACAAUUGAAGAAAGCCGACUCGUAUCAGAAGGCCAAUAAAAAGUUGUACUGUAUCGUGGUUCUUGCAGCUGCUAUCAUCUUGCUUAGUUUCCUGUUUAUCAUAACGUAGAAGUAUCUAUUAUUAUUAAUAUAAUAUUUGUGCAAAGAUAUCGGUCGAUUCAACUUGUUGGUAUUUAUCAUCCUGUUUCCGCAAAAUGAAACGUCUUUAUAGAACUUGUUGUAAUAAUGGCAAGCUAUUUUUUAAAAUGAUACGUGCAAUUUUUCUCAAAUGUUAUACCACGAAAACGGUGUAUCAUAAGAUUACGACAAAAUGCCUGACUCAGCUAUUAUAACGGAGAUUAAGCUGACGAAAAUAUUUAACUAUGAAUGUACGCGAUGUGACAUUAAUCUUUUUAAUGAAUGUUAUAUAUAUAUAAUCUUGUUCUCUAAGCCAAUUUUAAAAUGAUAUCGCUCGCAACAUAAUUUGUCCAAUUUUAUUUAGGCGGCCGCACACAAACAUCUUAAUUCUUAUAACGUAUAUACUAAAAAUAAUCAUAAAUAACAGAUUUGUAACAAACAGAAUAAUUUAUUUACCUCACUUAACUCUGUAUAUUUUUAUAGCAGAAAGUUAUAUAAAUUAUUUUUAUUUACAUUGUAUGAUAUUGAUCACGAUAGAAAUGUUGCAAUACGAAUUUUCAUAUUGGUAUUGUAAAACAUUUCUCCAUGUAGAUACAGUUCUGAACAUCCAAUUGUUAAACGAGAUCAUUCUGUAAUAAUAAAAAAAAUGUAAUAAUC